AUGACGGACCGCGGCUACGUCUACCUGCUAAACCACCUCUACCGCCCGACAAGCACGCUCCCGCUCGCGACCGUGCAGGCCUCGCUCGCGCACUACCUCGCGCACCUGCAGCCGACCCCGACGUCGCUUGCGGGCACGCUCGUCGGCAGCCCGCUCUUCCGCCCGUUCGCGCACGCGAAGCUCGCCGCGCUCUGUACUGCCCUUCGGCACGCGUUGCGUAUCCGCGUCGGGCUCCUCCGCGCCGAGUCGCGCGGCGUGUUCGUGCGCGGCGUCGGCGCGCGGACGACGGAGUGGGUCGGGUGGGUGCUGGAGGGCCUCCGCGGCGGGCACCCUGUCAUGCGCCUCGUGUGUUGUGGGGGCCUGCUGCUCGGCAUGGAGGAUCUGGACGGUGUGUUGCAUGUGCGCGAGGGCAAGAUGCGCAAGGAGGUGGAGGAAGAGAUCGUACUUGCUCUGGCGGAAGUCAUCGACACGUACUCGCGCAAGGAGUCGUCGGCUGAUUGGGAGAAGGACUUUAGGUCAGAAGGGCAGGACAGUGAAGAUCCACUCUCUUUAACUCUCCUGAUUUCGUCGGAGUUUGUUCCUUUGGUAUCCAUUCCCAGACUGAGGACGCUACCUCUACCUCUACUAGCAGACCUAAUUGCCUCGACCAUCGAGUCUACGUUCCAACAGGGGACGUUUCUUUCCGGUGUAUCCUCCUCCAUCUCCACUGACAAGGAUGGCAAACUGGUGCUCGCACCGAAUUCUCUGUUUGCGCACAAUAUUCGCGCCAUCACAGCGUCCCAGUAUCUCUCCUCCAUGGGCCCCCUCUCCAGGUUCUGUGCACUCGUAAUAUCGGUGCUCGCAGAGUCCCGACCGCUACGAGGGUGGCCAGUGAUGGCGCAGGCGAUGUGGAGAAUGGAAUCAAUCGCGCAGAAGGCUGAAGCGGACUGGAUCGUCUGUCCGCUCGCUGCUGUCACAGAUGAGAACGAUAUUGCGCCCGAGUCUCGCGAGUUGACUACGGCUGUAUGGACCAUCUUGAAGACCGAGCUGUUCAUGACUAUUAUGAUCACGCAGUCCGUUUUGUCCACCGUUGUAUAUGUCCCCCAUCCGACCACAAGGCUCUCCACCGCUCCCGAGCCGUCCGACGAAUCGGGGGAUCUCUCUCCGUUCUCGCUCUCUGCGACCGCGCUCAGCACACUCUCGCACCUGUCCUUUGUGAUACAGCAAUUCGGCGGUGUCACCUCUACCUCGGAAGGUGGAUUUGCGGAGCUCAAGAGGGUCUUCUACAUGGCGCUCGACGUUCUGUCGGCGAGCCCGGUGGAGAGCGAGCACUUCGUGCUCGAUCUAUCUGACACGUUCAAGGGAGCGGAAGCCGUCCCACCUGCGAAAAAGGCAUAUGCCCUGGCUUGUAUCGAGCAGCUCGUACCUGUGCUGAGCGACGAGCGUAUCAAGGCAGACGUCUUCCCGUUGUGUCUGCCGCACCUCUUUGACCCGAGCCACCGCGAGACGUAUGAGUCUGCGCACUCGGUCAUGCUCGCCGUGUUCGCCUCGCAUGCGCAGAAGGCGGGCGAGCGCGGCCGUCAAGGGCGGUCGGCGGCCGGUUCUGCCGCUAGAUCUGGUGCAGAGUCUGCGUCCGCAUUCGCCGAGGAGGUGGUUCCGUUCUACGUGCAAUGUCUCAUCGACAAUUCUGGCGAGGGCAAAAUGAGCACGGCGCAGCUCUGCUUGGCGUAUGCUGCCGUCGUCCGCAGCGCAAGCGCCUUCGGCGCGCAGAGACAGGACGGGGACGCCGUCGCUUGGCUCUGCGUCGACACACUCCUUGACGCGAUCUACCAGACCGCCUCGCACUCACGCUCUCCCGACGCCAACGCAGGCGCACCCGCCCCUGCCCCGGGCGCCGCGGCGAAGCAUUUGCACCGUCUCCACCUGGCACUCGUCACGACUGUGCCGUGCCUGUCCCUCGCGCUCCUCCCCAGGGUCCUGCGCGAAAUUAAGGACUUCAUCAUGCACUCCUCGUCACCGGUGGACCGCUCCCCGCCUUCCACAUCCGCCUCUGCGUCUGCGCCAGAGCAGCGUAGGACCGAGCUCGUGCGCAGACUCUUCAGUGAGCUCUCCGAGAAUACCGGCGACGCGGAGAAGGCGUUCGGCAUGCGGUGGUGGUAUGAGAACCGCGAGGUGCUCGUGGGGACCUCCGGUCCGAAUCUCAGUGUGAGCGGGCUCGGAGAUCGUGGGUCAGAGAAGGGUAGCGCUCCUGCACCGGAGCGUGAUGACCUGGUUGCCAAAUUGUGA